GUGGGGCGGUCUUGGAAGGAAGAUGAGCGGCGAACCGCUGACAUUAGAUUGCCUGGUCCACAUUUUCUCGUACCUGGAGGCACCGGAUUUACUCAGAGCAGCCCAAGUGAACAAGACAUGGCUCGAAGCAACAGAGACAGCUUCUCUUUGGAGAAAUAUGUGCCUAAAUCAGUGGGCAUUCUGCAAUAUCUCAGUGAUCCCAGGAAUGCAGACCUGGAAAAAGUACUAUCUCCACCGUUCUAACAUUGAGCAUAAAAUGAUGUCCGGACGGCCUUCGGUUGACUAUACAUGUAAAGCCAUGAGAGGACAUCAAGGAGACAUAGGAGAUAUGGCUUACCUGUCGCCUAAUGAGCACACAUUUGCUAUGGGAAAGGUGAAAUCUAUUGUGUGCACUGCAUCUGGUGAUGGGACUGUCAAGGCAUGGGAUGUCCAAGAGGGUACACAGAUUUGGUCGAGUCCCAAACAGGAAAAGGGGCUAGUACAAGUUAUCACACUCCCUCAGCAUAAUCUGGUUGUCACAAGAGGUUUGCCUGGGACAAUCAAACUUUGGCAUGGGGACACAGGGAAAGAGCUUGGAGCAUUUUCAAUAGACUCCAUAUUACGCCCCGCAGUUGCCUACACAAUAAACAAUCAGCUGUUCAUAUCGGUAGCCACUUCAGGUGAACAAAUCUAUACAUUGGCAGCUCCUUCUCUAGGUCAGAUUUCUUGCAUAAAACCAUUCCCAAAUUGUGGUGUAGAUUUGUCACCUUGUUCACCAGAUGGCCGAUCAAUAGUAAUCCUUCCUCUGGAUGACAGCAAAGCACCAAAGGUACUUUAUACACAUUAUGCAACUAAUCCAGAAGACGAUCAACUGAUGUUUUCUAGUCCUCUUCCAAUCAAUACUCGUGUGGUUGCCACCUGUUGGUUACCAGCAGAACCAGCAAGGAUAGCCCUAAUGCAUGUAGAAGACCUAAUGCUUGAAGGUUACCAACACUCUAUCUCAACCUUUGAUAUAACCAUACAGAAAUCUAAGUAUAAAAUGAAUAUUAUGGCUCAACAGGUUGCAACCUUCAGAUUACCACAGAAAUGUGUAUUUCGACAAGCCAAGAACGUUGCAGGAUUUGGUAAACAAACACUUGUUAUAGCAUUUGAUAUGGAGUUGAAAUUAUACUCUCUGAAUGGGACUGAAUUAAGCACUUUCCAAGAUCACCAGAAGAUGAUAACAUCAAUAUGGGUGGAUCCCUUUCGUGUUGUUACAUCAUCCUUAGACCUUUCGCUCCGUGUGUACACCUGGAAACAUGACAACAAAACAUCUUCCCUCAUUAGUCGCUAUCAUUUAGUAGGAGGAUCUCAUAGAUGGUCAAGAGGCUUUACAAACGUGGCCUGUGAUGAUGUGAGCAUUGCUGGUGUAGUGGCUGGAGUGGAUCAAACAGACAUUUUAAGAGUGUACCGCUUUGACUUGUAAGAUUUAAUUCCAUUUAACAUUCAUCUAAGAGACUCCACAUU